GGAGCUACGGACAGCGUGAUGGGCUUUCUGGGCGUCCUUCUCCCCAUGAUCAGACUUUAUCUAGUCGGCGUCAGGGUCUUGCUUUACCAACUCUUCAACAGAUCUUUCACUCUUCCAGGUUCUGGAGCCGUUCUGAUCUGAUUGGCCGACCUCACCUGGAGCAACUCCACUCUGAUAGGCUGACGGUCACCAUGGAGCCCAAGAGCGAGGAGGUGGAGGUGGAGCCUCAGCUGGUGUCCCACCCCCGCGCCAAGAGCAAGGUGUGGAAGUACUUCGGCUUCGACAUGGAGGAGGACGAGGUGGGCAAGCGCGCCCACUGCCGCCUCUGCCUGGCGCAGAUCGGCUACUCGGGCAACACCACCAACCUGUACGCCCACCUGCAGCGGCACCACGCCGACGCCUUCCUGGAGUUCGAGAAGAGCACCGGCGACUCGCCCAAUCAGACGCAGCAGCAGCAGCAGACGAUGACAACGCAGCAGCAUCAGCAUCAGCAUCAGCAGCGGACGCUACAGGCAUGCACGCGUCAGAACUCCCAGGAGGCCCGGCGACAGGCGGAGGUGACCGCGGCGGUGCUGGGCUUCCUGUGCGAGGGCUUGCACCCUCUGGCCACGGCCGACGAGCCCUUCUUCCAGGCGCUGCUGCGGACUCUGGAGCCGCGCUAUUCGCCGCCGACCUUCGCCGAGCUCGUGGCGCACGCGCUCCCCCAGCGGCAGCAGCAGGUGCGUGCGGCCGUGGCGGCCGAGCUCGCCGGACUCAGCUGCUGCGGGGUGUCGGCCGACCAGUGGCGAAGCGAGACGCACGGGCGCUCCUACGUCACGCUCUACGCCCACCAGCUGGCGAUGUCAUCGUCCGCGUCGUCGUCCGCGGCGACGGGACUCCGAGCGCUCAGCCGCUGCCUGAAGACGUUCGAGGUCCCAGCGGACAGUCCGGCGGAGGGCAUCACGCGCGCGCUCUACGAGGUCUUCAUGGAGUGGGGCGUGACGGGCCGCGUUUGCGGAGCCACCAUCGCCUGCGGCUCGCCGGACGUGCGCAAGGCCUGCGCCCAGCUGGAGCUGCCCGUGAUCAUGCCCUGCUUCGCCGACCAGCUGACCCGCGGGGUCAACGACGCCUUCCUGCUGCCCGGCGUUCAGGCGCUUCUGUCCCGCUGCCGUCGGCUGGUCGAUUACUUCCAGCAGUCGGUGGUGGCGUCGUACAUGCUGCAGGAGCGGACGAAGCAGCAGCAGAGCCGGUCGUCGACGGCGACGCCGGCAGAGGGAGGGGGGGUGGCGGGGGUGGCAUCGUUGGUCACGGAACGUCCAGGGUGCUGGUCCUCCACGCUCGCCAUGCUGCAGCGUCUCCGGGAGAACCAGCCGGCGGUCACCUCGGUGCUUCUGGACGACGCUAACAACCAGACGCUGCUGCUGGGCGCGGCCGAGUGGACUCUGCUGGACGGUCUGCUGAGGAUGCUGCAGGGGCUCCGAUCGGCGGCGGACAUGUUCUGCCGCGGUGGCAGUGGUGGCGGGGGCGUGGUCGGGGGCGGGGCCCGGCCCACCAUCAGCAUGCUGAAGCCCGUGCUGCACAUGCUCCAGAGCACGGCCCUGCGGAGGUGCGAGGGAGACCCCGCGGAGCUGCAUGACGCCCGGCGGGCGGUGGCUGGCGCUCUGGACGAGGCCUACGCGCGGCCCGCCGAGCUGGACAUGUUCCUGAAGGUGGCGAGUUUCCUGGAUCCGCGCUACAAGCGUCUGCCCUUCCUGACGCCGUCCGAGCGCGCUCAGGUGGAGGCACGCGUGCUGGAGGAAGCCGCGGCCCUCUACCAGAGACACACCCCCUCCUCGCCGCCCUCCAACGACGAGCCGCCCAAUAAGAAGCAAGCUCCUCCAGACUCGGGCACCACCGCCAACCCGCUGGCGGUCAUCUUCUGCCAGUCGGGCGCAGCUGACUCCCAGGAGGAGUUCCAGGCCCAGGCAGAGGAGGAACUCAGCAACUUCAAAGCCCAGAAGGUUCUGGGGCUGAACGAGGACCCGCUCCGCUGGUGGUCUGACCGGACGCUGCUCUUCCCCAUGCUGCCCCGGGUUCUGCAGAAGUACUGGUGCGUCCCGGCGACCAGUGCCCCAGCACACCGCCUCUUUGGACCCGCCGGCAGCGCACUGUGGGGGAAACGGAACCGACUCGACCCGGAGCACGUGGACCAGCAGGUGUUCCUCUACGAGAACACCAGAACCCACUAUGAGCCAGAGCUGUCGUGCGUUGACAAAGAAAUGACCGGAUUGGUUUAGCAGAACCACACAGAGUCUGAGAAAGACCCGUCAGGAUUGGCUUGGAAGAACGUCAAUCUGCACAGACAGCCAAUCAGGGCCCAUCAGUAAUAUUUAACUGAAACAUAUGCCAGGACAACAGACCACAGACCAAUUUCAAAUGGACAAAGAUACUUUGUAAAUAACUGGACUAAUGCGCUCAACACCUUAGUAUAAUCUCAACCAGGUGCCGAGUCCUCCUGGACAUCAAUAUAAACUUUAUGAAUAAAGGGUAGCGCUCAGUUCUUUUUU